CAGCCAACAAAUCAUCGCAACUCACAAAGAAGCCAAAACCAAUCCCAGGUUCUGUAAAAGGAGAGGGGCAGAAAUCGCCGUGAAGAAGAAGAAGAAGCAGCAUCUGAAUUGGUCGAUUCUUACAUCCUCUAAGUCUGUCAAGUUCUAACUAUACCUAUUUAUAUAUAGAAGAGAGAAUCAAAGAUGCAAACCGUGGUGUCAAAUCCUUUCUAUUCAUGCAGCAGAGCUCAACAAGCCCUAGAGCCUUCAUGUUCUCGUUCUUCAACCACUAUCCUUUUCCAUGGCCGCUUAACCCUAACGAACUCCAUUUUCCUUGGAAAUCAACAAACUGAGCUAUGGAGGAGAUGUAAUAAAUUGCACUUCAGUUCUUCUCAUUUAACGAGAAACCGCUUGUCUAAUGGUAAACGAACUGGAGAUAUAAAGGCGGUUGCUACCCCAGAUUCCACUGUGGAAUUACCGUUAACAGCAGAAAAUGUGGAGAUGAUACUGGAUGAAGUUCGGCCUUAUCUAAUUGCAGAUGGUGGUAAUGUAGUACUACAUGAAAUUGAUGGAAAUGUUGUGAGGUUGAAGCUGCAAGGAGCUUGUGGUUCAUGUCCGAGUUCUGUAACAACUAUGAAAUUGGGGAUUGAACGUCGCUUGAUGGAAAAGAUUCCUGAAAUAGUUGCUGUAGAGCCUAUAGUGGAUGAGGAAACUGGACUUGAGAUGAAUGAAGAAAAUAUCGAAAAGGUUCUUGAAGAAAUAAGGCCAUAUCUAGUUGGGGCAGCUGGUGGGGUGCUUGAGCUUGUGAAGAUAGACGAUCCGAUUGUGAAAGUUCGAAUCACUGGUCCUGCAGCUGGUGUCAUGACUGUGAGGGUGGCUGUCACACAGAAGCUUCGAGAGAAGAUCCCUUCCAUUGCAGCUGUGCAACUUUUAUCAUAAUAUAUACUAAGGUUUAACCCAACCCUUAUAGUGUACCCGAUAACUUUGUAUAGUUCCAGAUUGCUGUUGAACUAUGUUCAUCUUUCAUGGUUGUAAAGUCUAUUCAGAUUUAAUUAUAUCUUUGGGCUAUUUGAUAAUCUCUUUGGGUUAUUUGUUAUUGAAAAUGAAGUUAUUUGGAUAAAGAAACAAUAAGGUUAUAAACAUAUAGACUGUAUUUUUGAUAAUUUUUUGAAUAAUGAGAUUGAU